AUGUUCAUAGAUAGAAGACCAGCAGAGUGGGAAGUUGAUUGGGAAGUACUCGAUUCCAACAAUUACACCCCCUUGGACGUACUGCAUUUGGAACAAGAAACACAUACGUUAGCCAAUCAGCUCUUGGUUAGAACAUCACUCAUUAAGGCCAAUGUUAGAAAGCAUUGGUGGUUGUGGCGUACACUCAGAGAGCCAAAUGCGGAUAGUGGGAAGAGAAUUGUGAAACAUACUGAAAUAACUAACAACAUAGAAAUUGAGGAGCACAGAAAAGCGAUCAACACCCAUAUGGUAGUAUCCGCACUCAUUGCAACAGUGGCCUUCUCAGUACUAUUCAACGUGCCUGGGGGCUUUGAUGGGAGCAAAGGAUCACCGGUUCUUUUAAGAAAAACUGAUUUUGCCUAUUUUAUUAUCCUUGAUGCACUUGCCCUGAUGUUGUCGGUUGCCUCGUUAUUACUCUACUUCUUUACAUCAUCUAACAAAGAUGCGAGUCAAGUAAAACGCAUAGUCCGGAACACAGCAGCAUUAAACUUUUUGGCGAUUUGCUCAAUGAUGGUAGCUUUUGUUGAAGGAACUAGUGUCAUGCUAGCUGACAAAUCGACACUGGGCGCUGGUGUGAAUCUACUGAUUCUCUUCUUCGUAAUCGGUGCCACUCCUGUAUACAUUUAUAAUCUAAGGGGCGAAGUGCGUAGUAGAACUUUACUUCCUGCAAGUAAUAGUGUGUGA